UCCUCUGAAGCCAAACCUUCUGAACAGAAACUUGUGACCGUGUAGCAACAACCAGACUGGGCUUGACCGAUGACGCCGCUGUAACAAAAAUGGAUGCAAUACUCAACACACUUAAGCAGUUCAGGCUUGAGUCUUACUGCGACCAGUUGGUCCAGUUGGGCGUUAAGGAUAGAAGAGAUUUCCUGGAUAGUGUUACAGAUGAAGAUCUGGACACCAUGGGUUUUAGUCGUGUGGAGAAGAACCGCUUUUCAGCGAUGAAAAGCUUUCUUCAAAGAGCUCCGGAGCAGCAGCAGGUUCAAACUGUGACGCCUGUGCACAAAUCAUUAAAGUCGUUCUGUCUGCAGUACACAUACCCCAAAUGUGCUCAACCCAAAAAAAUUACAGAUAUGGACCCAGCAAAAAACACAGUCGAGGAUCUGAUGUUGAGGAUCUGCCAUCUUGAAAGCAUUGGUAACUCUAAAGGAGUCUGUCUCUACACCAUCGAUGGGAUGCCUUUGACAGAUGACCCCUUCUUCAACACAUGGUCUUUGAAAGACAGACAUAUUGAAAAUGGAGCUGUGAUUUAUGCCAUUUUUACGCCAAGGGAAAACCUGAAACAGGCUCCUCAAAUACCAAAGCGAGAGGUUGUUGAAACCUAUGGAGGCGAUAUUGUUCGAUGCCACAUCAUGCUUAAGGGAAUCCUUCAAGUGACAGUGAAGUUGGCAAGUGACACAAUAUCGAGUCUGAGACUUAAGCUGGCUAACAAAAGUGGAAUCCCAGCACAUGUCCUUCAUUACAAAGGUCCCCAUGGUGUUGAUGACACUCUGGAAAGUUGUGGGAUCUCUGAAGCGUCAACCGUUAGCUUCACUUUGUCCACAUUUCCCGACGAGACUUCAUUCGACGAGACAUUCUUCAUUAAUGAUUGUUUGCCCUCAGUCCCACAAACCCAGAAAGGAAUCAGUUUGUUCCUGUCCUCACUUUAUGCUGUUAAAAGUAAUUUUAGACCAAAGCUGGAGAAACUGAUUGCCUACAUACGGAGACUGACUGGAUGUCACCCUCUCGCCCAAAGUUUGUAUCAGUUGAUCUGCAGGAAUGAAAGAAUAACCAGGAACCAGAAGAUUGCAGUGGUAGAAGGCUUGUACAUACUCUUCAGAGAGCUUCUGCCUCAGCAUGGAAGACAACAAGGAGAGAAACUCAUUAAGGACCUGGAUGUCUUUGAGAAUUCACUGUACUGCUGGGCACAUCUCCUAUCAGAAGCAAAGAAACUGGCAGGACACCAUGAGAACUACGCACCAAUCACUCUGACGUCUGAAGAUGGCAGCCGCUUCUCUGAACCAGUCAGAGUGCCUGGAGUACCCGGAGCCUUUGAAUUAGCUUAUGUUUGCCAGAAAAUCAAAGAUAAAGAGAAAAUUCCCAACUGCACUGAAGAGGUUUUGCGUCUAACAUCAGUAAAGAGAGCCACUGACAUUCAGAAAGUCCUGCUCAGUAUGCCUCCAUUCGUCAGAACCUAUCCUCUGUGGAUUCACAAGGACACGACGACUGGUCAGAACUUUAAGAUCAACAAUGAGAAGACUUUUGGAAGUAUGGUGGAAGAAUUAAAAUCUCCCACCAAUCAAUACCUCAAUGUGACCCCACCUCUGCGUUUGAAGGAUCUAGGAUUUUGUGAAGCACGCCUUGUUCUCCUGAGUGAAGACAAUAUUGGCGUGUUUUGGUCAAAAGACAAGUGUUCCCCUGAUAUGAUCAAGGUCCUUGAUUGUUUGGACGGCAAACAAAAAACAGUGGAUGUGAAUGUGUUGGCAGCCAGGACUGGUGAUCAUGGGGAUGGCCGGGCAUUUGUCACAACCAGGACUCCAAAAGAGGCUAUACUGGUGCUGAUAGACACAAGCUCCUCCAUGGAAGAAGAGUGCUAUGAAAGUGCAGAAAUACGGAAGAUCAACGCUGUGAAAGAGCUCUUUGACAACUUUGCAACGAGGACCAUGGCUUAUGAUUUUUAUCACAUCAUCGGUCUUGUGAAGUUCGACUCCCUGGUGAAAGUGAUUCACACAUUCACAGAAAAUCUGGAAACGUUCAAGGAACACAUGCGCAACAUUGAAGCAAGUGGAUGCACUCUGCUGUACGAUGCUCUGCGGCGUGGGGCAUCUGAGCUGGAAAAGGUCAAGACGAGGUUUCCAGAUUGUAGACUCCGCAUCAUGUGUCUCACUGAUGGAAAUGAUUCUGGAUCCUCUAUCGAGCCAGAUGCAGUUACAGCCAAACUGUUGAAAUCCAACAUCGUUGUUGACUCAAUCCUUCUUGGAAAGGUGGAGAAUAACAUGCUGCAUGGAAUCAGCAAUGCAACAGGUGGUUGCUGUUUCAAACCAAAGACAACCAAAGAGGGUCUGAAGCUCUUUGAGAUUGAAACGGUUCUGUCUUUGGAGCAAAGGAAACUCAAGGAAAAGCUUGACCCCUCUUCCAUCAGCAAGCGUAGUUUGAUAAGAAUCUUUGCUACUCAUGGGUAUGACGAAUGUCCAGAGACAUCAUUGCCAAGCCAGAUCAACAGCAAAGUGACAGCGACAGAGAGUGCUCUCAAAAAGAAGAUUAAGGAGUCCUGUAACACGAGGUUUUUGGAGAAGGACAAGCGUGUCCUGGAGGAGCUGAAGAGCCUGCACUGUAACCCACAUCCCUUCUUCAGAGUCUUCCCCUCAGAGUCAGACUUCACGUUCUGGAGGAUUCUCAUGCAAGGCCCUCCUGACACACCGUAUAAGAAAGGCGUGUUUGAGCUGUACUGCCAGUUUGGUCCUGACUAUCCAGCCAAGCCUCCACUCGUCCGCUUUGUCACACCUGUGUACCACUGCAAUGUCAACAGUGUGGGCCGCAUCUGCCACAACUUAUUUGACCGCAACUACAACGCACACAUCACCAUGAGAGAGAUCCUAGACGCAGUGUACGGACUGCUGAUCAUCCCUGAGCCUGAGGAUCCGCUGGACAGCAUUUUGGCUGAAGAAUUCCUGACGAGCCGUGAGACGUAUGAACGAGAAGCUGAGAAACACACAGAGGAAACUGCAGGAAAGUCACUGGAUGACAUGGAGAAAAACCUGGUGGAGGCUGUUCCACAGUUUAUACCCCAACAUCUGAUCUGUCCACUCACCAAGAAGAUGUUUGUUGAUCCUGUGAAAACGGUGUAUGGCACCGUGUAUGAACGCAAGGCAAUUGAGGAACACCUUAAGCUACACCAGUACGAUCCGACUGCCGGCCCAGGAAAUGAGCUUGAAAUGAACGACAUCAGAGCCGACCAAGACAUGAAGAAAAUGGUGAUGGAUCAUCGCUCUCGGCAAAUUAGGUUCUAAGUAACGACUGUGAAUAUUUACAUCAGGUUCACAAAUAGAAGGAAAUAAACCAGCUACUCCUAAUUUGUUUUUAUUGAUACAACUUGCUCUUCUAACAUUUGUUUUGGCUCUUGAUCUGUUAUGUUUGUUCGGAACGUUUGCCUGUUAAUUCGUUCCUUUUGCUUCUGAUUUUUACUCUCAUACUACACCUUUUAAAAAUGUUCUCUGUUGAGACGUGUGUUUGGGGUUAAUUGUUUCUUUAACUUUUUAUUGUUCUUCCUGUUCUACUCAACAUAAAACAUAUAAGUGCAUCAAGUUUUUAGCAUUUUUCUUAUCAUAUUGAUAUAGGAAGAAUAAAGGCUUUUAGUGAUGGAUGCAGCAUUUAAAAAAUCCAAAACAGAGCACACCACACCUGUACUUUGUUUACAGAGGUGUACCAAGACGGACCACAGCGGUAAACACACACACGCACGCACGCACACACACUGAGCUUCUGUCCAGUGAUUUGCCCCUGUUGUACGUGUUUGUUGUACACACAGCUCCACACGAUGCAAACACUUCACUAUCUCAUCAAACUUGUUAAGACGGUAUUGUCUGACAAAAAAUGCACAAUUCAACGAGCAUUGCUAAUUUACCAUUGACGACUCUGUGCCAUUUGCUUCCAAAAAUCUUAAAGUACUUGUAUGGGGAUAAGGUGCUCUUUAUCUUGUAUUAGGUUUUUAAUGUAAGUGUAUUUCCUUGAUCUCAAAUGGACAUUUAUUACGCUAGAGAGUGCAAUCUAUUAGAACACUAAGAUGAAAAUAUAGAAUAAAUGAUUUUGUGUUGCUGCCCAAAAAGAUAGGAUUUAUAGGUUUGUCUGCCUUCCUAUUUUGUACUUUAUUUUCAAUACCUGUAACUGUCCUGUUGAUUAUGUAUCAGUAGUAUUUCCUUUGGCAUGAAUGUUUGACAUAUGCAGUACGACAUGUAUCAUGGAAACCGUUCAGUCUGUAUUGCUAAUUAAGUGCUUUUAAAAACAAUCAUAUAGCUGAAAUAAAGUUCUACAUGAACCACGGGACAUUACAAA